GCUGAUAGUGAAAUCAGGUUUGGAAGCCAAUUGGAAACAAUGCAGAAUUAAUAUUUUUGUUUCACGCGACCACACAAGACACUCGACAGAAACUUUCACUGAAUGCUCGACCAGGACACGACAGGAAAUUAGCUAGUCCCACAAUGGACAUGGCCAGAAGCAUUUUUGGCCGCGACCACGAGGGUUACGUGGGCCGUGAAGAGCAUACGCGCAAACUCCAGAACCUUGGCUCGGAAGACGAUCUGGGCGAGCUUCCGCCCAUGAUGGAGGAACUGAGUGUGGCCGAUGGGCUACGACCAAAUCCCGGGGGGCCAUUCUCAGCCCUAACAGCCUCUAUGUGGCCCCAAGAAAUCCUAGCCAAGCUAGGUGGCGGCGCGGAGCUGGCCUCCGGGCCAAACGACCAGCCGGAAUAUCGAUUCGACGAGUUCGGUUUCCGGGUAGAGGAAGAGGACGGACCAGAGCAGAGCUCUAACAAGCUACUCAGCAUCCCGUUCGUAGAGGAUGAACAGCAAAGGCUCCAGUGGAUCGCCCACCUAGAAUUUUCGCACAACAAGGAGGCCACAGAGCUGAGCUGGGAACAUGUAGAUGUGAUGCUACCACGCACCGAAAAACUUCGAAACAUGGUACGCCAAGGUAUCCCUCACACCCUGCGCGCCCAAAUGUGGAUGCGCCUGUCUGGAGCUCUGGCUAAGAAGCAGAAAAGCGAGACGAGCUACCAUGAUAUAGUCAAGGCUUCUAGCAAUGAUCAGCUGAUGACAUCGAAGCAGAUCGAGAAGGACCUUCUGCGAAUCCUGCCCACGAAUGCCUGCUUCAGCAAUCCAAACGGGACGGGCAUUCCACGCCUGCGGCGCAUCCUGAGGGGUAUCGCGUGGCUUUUCCCUGACAUCGGCUAUUGCCAGGGCACCGGAGUGAUUGUGGCUUGUUUGCUGCUAUUCAUGGAGGAGGAAAACGCCUUCUGGAUGAUGGCCACCAUUGUGGAGGAUCUGCUGCCAGCUUCGUACUACAGCUCCACCCUACUCGGCAUUCAGGCUGACCAGCGUGUGAUGCAAACGCUCAUAGCCAAUUAUCUGAGCAGCGUGGAUGAGUCGUUGCGGAAACAUGACAUUGAGUUGUCGCUGAUCACGCUGCAUUGGUUUCUCACCCUGUUUGCCAACGUGGUGCAUAUGAAAAUCCUGGUGCGUAUCUGGGAUUGGUUUUUCUACGAGGGCUCCAUAGUGCUUUUUCAAUUGACACUAGGAAUGCUCAAGGUAAAGGAGCAAAAUCUGAAGCACCUAGAAAACUCAGCACAGAUUUUCAAUUCGCUAUCCGACAUUCCCGGCGAAGUCACCGACGUAGAAGUGCUCUUCCGUCAGGCUCUAGAGGUGGGUGGCUCCCUAAGCCAGACGGUAAUCGAUACCCAUCGAAGGCGCCAUCUAGCAUAUCUUAUGGCGGAUCAAGGUCACCAGAUAGGAAAUCCCGAGGCUGCUCCAAAUCUUCCAAAACAGCAGCUAGCCCGACGACAGGUACGGAAAAGCAAAUCUAUCCUGGAGGCCUUUCUCUUUCGCGGCGACGCCGGUGAAGGUGAUCAGCUAAAGAACAAAAACAUCCGGCAAACGGAGAUUCUAGUGGACCUAAGAGAGGCUAUUCUUAAAGUGGGUCGCCAUUUCAUCACCAUUGAACCCAAACUUUCCGGUCACAUCCAGCUGACUGCCAACUACAGCACCGAGUCGCAUGCCAAGGACCACGAAAACUUUAUCAACGUAGCAAGAACGCGUAAACGUCGGGCCAAAGCGUUGCACGACUUUGAGCGGCACGACGACGAUGAGUUGGGCUUCAGGCGAAACGAUAUAAUUACGAUCAUUAGCCAAAAGGACGAACACUGCUGGGUGGGUGAACUCAACGGACUACGCGGCUGGUUUCCGGCAAAGUUUGUUGAGCUACUGGACGAAAGGAGCAAGCUGUACACCACGGCAGGGGACGAUUGCGUCUCAGAGACAGUUACAGACCUUGUUCGUGGCACUUUGGCGCCAGCCAUUAAGGCCUUUUUGGAGCACGGCAUGAAACGGCCAACGUUCCUAGGCGGACCUAUUCACCCUUGGCUGUACAUUGAGGAAGCGGCCACGCGAGAGGUGGAAAAGGACUUUGAAUCGGUGUACAGCCGACUGGUACUGUGCAAAACGUAUCGUCUGGAUGAAGACGGCAAGGUGUUAACGCCUGAGGAAUUGCUCUACCGUUGCGUUCAGGCCAUCAAUCAGACGCAUGAUGAUGCCCACGCCCAGAUGGAUGUUAAGUUGCGUUCGCUUAUCUGCUUGGGCCUUAACGAACAGGUUCUUCACCUCUGGUUGGAGGUUCUCUGUGCCUGCCAGGAGGUCGUGCAAAAAUGGUAUCACUCGUGGAGCUUCAUCGAUUCACCUGGGUGGGUGCAAAUCAAAUGUGAGCUACGAAUUCUCUCGCAAUUCGCCUUCAACUUAAACCCUGACUGGGAACUGCCACCCAAGCGCGGCAAAGAGUCGCAGCCUCUCAAGGAUGGAGUACGGGAUAUGCUGGUGAAACAUCAUCUCUUUUCAUGGGAUUUGUGAAGCUUGUCCCCGCCGUGUAUGGAGUUCCAAAAUCGUUGGCAAUCAACCGCGUAUCCAAUAUCUCAUUACCCCGUCUCGUUUCUAUAUUUUUCAUGUGCAAUUGCAAUUUUUUGAUUCUUAGUAGCUAGCAUCCGCUUUUUUAGUACUUCUUUGUUGUCGUACGCCUAACUUAAGUGCUUUACCAUACCGAUCUUUAGCUGUAACUAUAACUUUAAUUCGCCCUAUGUAUAGCUCGUGCCGUUUGUUUACUUAAUAUCCAUCCAUAAUUAUAAAACUUAGACCACACCAAUCUACUAAAUUACAAAUGUAACGUACCUUUAAAUUGAAAUCAAAUCUUAUAAAGUACAUACAUAUUUAUUACUAUA